UCUCCUACUUGAUUUCUCCCGCCUCCCUUUCCCCCCAGAAAAAUCCCCAAAUCCACCACUUCACCGCCGACGCCAUGCCGCCGCCGGCGCCGCGCCGUCUCCUCCUCCUCCCCCUACUCGCCGUCCUCCUCGGCGGCACCGCCAGCGCCUUCUCCAUCCCCGCCGCCGCCGCCGCCGCCGCCGAGCUAACAGUCGCCUCGCACCCGGCGGCCUCCCUCCGCCUCCCGCCGGCGGAACCCCUCGCCGGGGACGGCCGCGGCCCCUUCUGCACGCGCGUCCACCUCCGCGGCCGCGCCUCCCGCUUCCGCGACCCGUCCCGCUUCUUCCACGCCCUGCGGCUCCGCGCCAACGCCUCCCGCCCCGACGCCCUCGAGCUCUGCUUUCACCGAAAUGCCACGAUUGGUCCGUGCAAGUGCGCCGCGUCGCAGUGGCACAAGGUGCCCAAGAGCGGGCUCUGGGCGCAGUCCCUCUCGCCGUACGACCACCGGAUCCUCGACUUCCGGAUGCCCGCGGACCCUUCGAGAUCCGUUGUGGUGUCCACGGAGGAAGAGUUCUUGCUCCACAGGGUGGUGUUCCUGGUGUUGGGGAUGGUGCUGAUGGCUCUGGCGCACACGCUUAGCCAGUCACUGCUGUUCUACUAUGGUGGCGCCAUGACGAUCGGCAUUUUCCUUGUGGUGCUGAUUAUACUCUUUCAGGGAAUGAAGCUUUUGCCUACUGGCAGAAAGAGUUCGCUUGCUAUUUUCGCGUACUCUUCAGUUGUUGGCAUGACAACAUAUUUUCUGCACUAUUUGUCGGGACUGCUGCGUUCAAUUCUUGUGGAAAUGGGAAUCGCUGAAGACAUGCAUAAUCCUCUAGGUAUAUUCCUUCUCGUUUGCGUCAUCCUAGCUGGAGCCUGGUUUGGUUUCUGGGGUGUCCGUAAACUUGUUCUAACGGAAGAAGGAUCUGUUGAUGCUGGCGUGGCCUAUUUCGUCGAGUGGGCUAUCUUGAUUGUUUCUGCUGUCUUGAUCCUCCAGAGUUCUCUGGACUAUCUCCUUGCAUUUGCAGCUUUAGUCUUUUGCAUAAUCAUCAAGACAGUUUCAAGGAUUGAAGGGAUGCCACGACUUAUACGCCAUUUAUCAAGUGGAGUUUCCAAGGGAAUCACACGUGGCCUCUCCCAUUAUGAAGAUUUGGGAGGGUAUUCCAACACGAAUGGAACUCACCAAGAUGGGUUCAGCAAGCUUCAUGGUGAAUACCUGAAACAUACACCAAGAAGAAAUUCACCUCUUUCAGGCUCACAGAAGAAAACAACGUCACAAGUUCUUGAUAGGGACAGCUACUAUUCGACCUACCACACUACCCCAGAGAGGAGAAAGUUUACGAAAGAGGAAUACGAAGCAUUCACCAAAGAAGAGACAAGAAAGGGUAUGCAACAGUUACUCUCCUCGCCGGAUUUCAACAGGUGGGCGCUUGCCAAUGCGGACAGGAUAUCAGUGACUCCAGCAGGACGCAGCAGCAGCAGCCAGGAGCGACAUCGUUUCUUUGGACUGUUUUAAGUUGUGUAUGAUUGCCAGGUCUUCGCUCCUGAUGUCUUGACUCUUGACUCUUGAGUGCUUGCAGCAACAGGUGUGGUUCAGUGAUUCUACGAAGGAUAGCAUAGGGUAGCAGCUGAAUGUUACCGUGUUUUUAGUGGCAACAGUCUUACAACCUAGUACGUAUUAGGUUAACUAUUUUUGUGUGGUCAGUUCCAGCAUCUUGCUAUGUUUUGUGUGCUCAGUAACACCAAGUUCUGAUUUGCAGUCUGCAGACAUGUGAGUCUGGGAAAGAUUCUUAAGUCUUCCCAUGCUGGCAAACUUGAUUGAGGUUGUUAUUUAGGUUGUAAAUGUAGUAAAAAAAUUAUGGCUCUCAUAGUUGAAUGUGGACAACAGAAAAAAUAUUUCCUUCUCCCUUUUAUCGAAAA